GAGCAGCCCCCGCUGGUGGGCACUUUCUGCUGUGCGCCUGUGCCCUUUGCUUGGAUGGUGGCGGCGAGGGUACUAAGACAACAAAAAAGAGAUAGAAAAGCUCAAGCCUACGUAUACUUGUACACACACACACACACAAAUAAUAUCCUGGUGCGUCUUUAGUGCAGUGCAGGCACACACACACACACAACAUCCACUCCUUUGCAGUACUACGAGCAGCAUGUGAGAUGAGAUGAGCAGCACCGUCCUGCAUCCAUCCCCUCCCCUACCAGUAAUGUACCAAACCUCUGCUGCUUUCCAUAAUAAUCAAACACCACAGUGCCAGUGGGGGUGGUGCCACGUUAACUGAAACACCACCCCACACCACUUCAACACCCCACUCCUCUUCCUCACUUUGCCCUCUCUCUCUCUCUCUCUCUCUCUCUCUCUCUCUCUCUCUCUCUCUCUCUCUCUCUCUCUCUCGGAGCCGUAGCCAUGGCCUGAGCAGAGCCUGCUGCUUCCUCUUCCUAGGCAACCGUCUUCUUCAGGCCUGGCUCCGAUGGAGUGGAGCGGUGCACGGAGUUCUGCUUGCGGGUGGUAGUGGUAGAGGUAAUUCCGCCGCCUUUCGCUGUAGCCAGCAAUUCUCUUGUUUCUCGGGAGCUUCCCUCGAGUUCUUGGCGCAUGCAGAGUUCAUGUCCACCGUAGUCUUCUAUCCACCGUCUCGGUUCUCUGAAUAGCCAUCCAGUUCUCUCUCUGGGCAUGAUUCGUUUCGAGCCCCCAGAUUGUUCCAUCGAGUUAAUAAAACCUCUCCUUUAUCAAUAAAGAAAAGUAAUGGUACUGGAAUUCUGAUGUGGAACCACUUUGCUCGGUUGGUGUCUACUAUGCUAAAGCAUGCUUGCAUGUUAGUCUCGUCUAAGUUCCGUCAUGGUUUCUGUCUCCUUCCUUCCUUCCUAUGCUUGGUCACAUAAGAUUACUUUAAUCUCUGGUCCAGAUGCUUUCGCUAAUGUACCAAGCCAAAACAAGUAAUUUCGUGGCGCGGCAUCAGAUAAGCUUCGUAUUCUUCUAUGCAGAGAGUAUUUACCAGCGAGAGCCGUUCUCCUGCGAGACAGAGAAACCAAGUGACGUGCGGGUGAAAAGACUGUUGCGAGAUGAACGACAAGGAGAUGAUGUGCCAGGAGCAGUGCGACGAGCUGUCCGAGACCGAGAUCAGCAGCCAGGAGGCGUCCAACUCCUCCGGCCCGGUCAGCCUCGACCUCUCGCUCUCCGUUACCGACAACAGCAACGGUAACAACAGCAACAGCGGCGGCGCGCAGGCCGACGCCGCCCGCGAGCCGUCCCGCGUGUUCACGUGCAACUACUGCCAGCGCAAGUUCUUCAGCUCGCAGGCGCUGGGCGGGCACCAGAACGCGCACCGGCGGGAGCGCACGCUGGCCCGGCGCGCGCUGCGGCUCGACGCAGCGGGCCCCUACUACGGCUACGGCUACGGCUACUACGCCGACGUGGCGUCGCUGCCGCUGUACGGCUCCUGCCUGUACCCCAUCGGCAUCCAGGCGCACGCGUCGGCGGCAGCGCUCCCGGAGCACGAGGACGCGCGCGCCGGCGCCGACGAGCUGAGGAGGCCCGCGCGGGGGCUGCUGAGCCCCAUGCCGUUCCUCGUGGCCGACGACGAGGAGAUGCUCUUCGGCUGGCCCGGUAGCUUCAGGCCAGACGCCGCUGCGCCGGCGGACUCGGCCGGCGGCGUCGCCGUGCACGCCCGGGAGGAGCCCGAUCUGACGCUCAGGCUGUGAACUGCGAACUGAUCCGUCGACUAGACUGGUUAAUCCGUCAGGCUGUUUCUUUUCUUUUUUUAAACUGAUCGGUCCAUGUCUGGCGCUGGUCAGAUCGCGGCGGUCUCUUGCUUGACCGGAUUAUUCUUAUUGUUUCGUGGGUGCGUGCAAGAAUUUUUGUACAGCAGUUGGAUGUGCAAGAGCUCGAGAUCUCUCUUUGUUCGAUGAUCUUGCUAUGCUA